AUGUUCAAGUUGGUGGUAUUGUCUGCUCUCCUCGCCGUAGCUGCUGCUGCUCCCCAUGUCGUCGAAACACCCGUAGUCUACUCUGCGCCCGCCGCCACCGUGGCCGUGCAGGAGCCAGUGCUCGCCAAAGUUGGCUCUGUGGUGAAGAGCGUACCAACCGCUGUCUCCCACCAGAGCUCCACCGUUGUGCACAGCUCGGCGGUCGCUGUUGAGGAUGUUGUGGCCCCUGCCGUUAAGACUACCUACUCCGCACCCGUUGUUGCCGCUGCUCCAGUUGUGGCCGCCGCUCCAGUUGUGAAGACUGUGGCUGCUGCCCCAGUUGUGCACCAAACCUAUGCCGCAGCUGCUCCAGUUGUGCACCAGACCUAUGCCGCAGCUGCUCCAGUUGUGCACCACACCUACGCUGCUGCUGCACCAGUUGUCCACUCCGCUCCUUUGGUGCACACCACCUAUGGCGCUGCUGUGGUUGCUGCCCCCGCUGCUGUUGCCGCUUCCUCUCCACUCACCUACACCGCUCACGGUUUGUGGUAA